CGUAAGACGGGCAGGGCCAGUGCGCGCUCCCGCAGCCGCUGGCCCAGAUCGGGGAUGGACAGGAAACAGCGGCGCGCAUCGGUCCGGCAGCAGCGGUAACAGCAGUAGAGGCAGGGGCGGCAGCUCCCAUCGGGGCAGAAACAGAAGCACGGGGGCAUAAAUGCUCUUCUGGGGUAAAGGAGAACCUGUAGUGAGCGGUGGUGAGCACAUUGACGUGGUGUUUAAAGCCUAAACGAUCCAGUGUGUGUGUGUGUGUGUGUGGAUCUGAGACACACACGUCGGCUGUUCCUUCCCAUAUCCAUUGUGGCUGCUGUUCGCCUGGAAGAGACUAACAACACUCAUCCUGGAUUUAACAAGGACUGAUUGAGGACUUUUUUUCAUUCUGAAGUUUCUGUGAGCUGGAGCAAGCAAGAGCAGAACUCAUCCAAAGAUGGAGCAGUUUUCAGAUGAUGAGCUGGACCAUGCAGCUGAGGAGGACAGUGACAAGGAAGAUCAGGACCUGGACAAAAUGUUUGGAGCAUGGCUCGGGGAGCUUGAUAAACUGACUAAGAGUCUGGAUGAUGGAAAGGAAGAAAAAGUACAGAAAGCUCCUCUCAGACAGGAGACCAACAUGGCAAACUUCUCGUACCGCUUCUCCAUAUACAACAUCAACGAGGCUCUAAACCAGGGCGACUCUGUAGAUCUGGACGCUUUGAUGGCUGACUUGUGCUCCAUCGAGCAGGAGUUAACCACCGUCGGCAAAUCGGGAGGCUCCGCGCGGCUCGGCCUGACCGGAGAGGCCAAGGUACGCCAGAAGCCUCCGGCUGGCCGCAGCCAAAGCGUGAAGCACACAGGGGGUAGCGGAGGCAGCAGCGGAGGCAGUGGAGGCAGCAGCAGUAGCAGCAGCACUCGCGUCUCGCCCGCCUCCACCAUCAGGCCCACACUGGCCUCCAACUUCUCCCUGGACGACAUCACCGCCCAGUUAGAGCGGGCCUCGAAGAGCAUGGACGAGGCUGCGCGCCUCAGCACGGCGUCCUUCGCUUCCACUUCCUCAGCUCCGUACUCCUCCUCCACCAUGCGCAGGCCUGCCCAUCAGCAUCACCGGCGCACUGGCUCAGUGGGGACCGUCAUCGAGCACGAUGUGAGGUCCAUCGUGCACUCAUCUCGCUCCAGCAUCAACUCCACCUCGGCGUCCAGUGUGGACUCACUGGACAUGGACAAGCUGAGGCUGCCAGAGCAGGACGGCAUGCACCAUCAGGGCCAUCAGAGCUCAGAGCACUCGUAUUUGGACAGGGAGACUUCUCUGAUUCUGAAAAACAUUGCAGGAAAACCCUCUCACUUGCUGACAAAGGAGGAACAAGCAGCCAAGGUGAAAGCAGAGAAGAUCCGAGUCGCCCUGGAGAAGAUUAAGGAGGCACAGGUUAAAAAGCUGGUGAUCCGGGUGCACCUUUCUGAUGAGAGCUCCAAAACCAUGAUGGUUGAUGAAAGGCAGACGGUGCGUCAGGUGCUGGACAGCCUGCUGGACAAAUCGCACUGUGGCUACAGCCUUGACUGGUCCCUGGUAGAGAUGAUCAGUGAACUCCAAAUGGAGCGAAUCUUUGAGGACCAUGAGAACCUAGUUGAGAACCUGCUGAACUGGACUAGAGACAGUACCAACAGACUCAUGUUCAUCGAGAGGAUUGAGAAGUACGCUGUCUUCAAGAACCCACAGAACUAUUUGUUGGGGCGGAAGGAGACAUGUGAAAUGAGUGACAGGAAUAAAGACGCUUUGUUAGAGGAGUGUUUUUGUGGAAGCUCGAUCAGUGUACCUGAGAUGGAAGGUGUCCUCUGGCUCAAAGAGGACGGUAAGAAGUCGUGGAAGAAGCGAUAUUUCCUUUUACGAGCCUCCGGAAUAUACUAUGUGCCGAAGGGAAAAGCCAAGACGUCUAGAGACCUGGUGUGCUUUCUCCAGCUGGAUCAUGUGAACGUGUAUUUAGGACGAAAUUACCGCAGCAAGUACAAAGCUCCCACUGACUACUGCAUGGUCCUCAAGCACCCUCAGAUUCAAAAGAAAUCUCAGUAUAUCAAGUACCUGUGUUGUGAAGAUGUCCGAACUCUUCAGCUGUGGGUCAAUGGAAUUCGUAUUGCCAAGUAUGGGAAGCAGCUGUACCUGAACUAUCAGGAGGCCAUGAAGCGCACAGAGGCAGCUCACGACUGGUCAUCUCUGUCUAGUUCCAGCAUCAAGUCUGGCUCCAGCUCGUCCAGUCUGCCAGAAUCCCAGUCCAACCAUUCGGACAGUGGGGUGUCGGAGACGACGUCCUCUGGUCACGUACGCUCUCAGAGUGUGGUCAGCUCCAUCUUUUCUGAGGCCUGGAAAAGAGGAAACCAGGCUGAUGAUACCAAGAUGAGGAUGGACCCGCCUCCACCCACGCUGCCUUCUAGAGCUUCUUACCCUCUCCAGCUUCCCCAAAUGCCUCAAUCUGUCCUACCUCAUGCAGGCUACCCCAGCUCAUCACCCCAGUCCUCUCCUUCCUCACCUUCACCACCUACUCCUCCACCUCCUCCACCCCUGCCCAACUCCACCAGCUCUGCACCCAGCAAGUUUAACAAGUACAGCACCAUCGCCAGGAUGCACAACAUCUCCCAGGCUCCCAGUCACUUCAGACAGACCCCUCUAUUGGCAGCCAUGCAACAGCAGCAGCAGCAACCUGUGCCUCCAACCCCUCCGCCUCAGUGUGCAAAACCAUCAAUGAACAACAUAGCAGCGGCAUCCGGCGGCCCACCUCCACCUCCCCCUCCACCUCCUCAAUCAAUGCCCAUGCCAGGAUCUGCCAUGGCAGUGCUCAAGUUAGGCCCUCCAAGCCCUCAGACAGAGUUUAUUCCUCUGCCACCUCCAGAGGAAGAGCACCUUCCUCCUCCUCCUCCUCCCUUAUAUCACAUACAGAGCAACGGUGUCUUGCCUGCUCCGCCACCUCCGGAGCAGUUUAAGUACCCCCCGCCUCUCAGUACCAACGGCCUGCAAGAAUUCUUAGCUAAGAAGUUUCCUCACAUGAGUUAUGACUUUUCUACACUUAACCAAGAUGAUGAGCAUCCCCCACCUCCGCCUCCUCCUGAAUGCUUUUCUCUUCCACCUUUUCAACAGAAUCCUCCACCUCCUGCCCCACCCAAAACUUUUACUGUUGGAUUUCCACCCCAGACAGCCCCCAAACCAACUGGACACUGCCUUUCCCCAGUGUCCCCUGCAGCUCCUCCUUUGUCUCCUACUCCAACCUCUAUGAAGAAGCAGCAGAGUUUCUCCGGUAGCCAUAGUCCCAACCAGCCCCCAGCAACCCUCCCAAAACAACACAGUUUCUCCUCCAAGGCACUUCCUUUAUCCACCGCCACAUCACCAACACCAUCCCUGGUCAAACAGAUGGCAAACCAGUUUCCAGGAACACAAGAUGGCUCUAAAAGCCCGGUGUCCCCUCCAGUGGUAAAAACCAAACCCAAGUGGCAGCCAGGAGGGCAGUUUCAGCCCCAGUCUCCAGAGUUUCCGCCUCCUCCUCCUGAGAGUAGUCUGGGCUUUCCUCCACCACCACCCCUUCUUCAAGAGACAAGUCCCCCCUCUUCCAAGGUGGGGUCACCACUGAAGAAAUCGCCUUCCACAUCAUCCAACCUUUCAGCCGGUUCAGCAGGAAAGAAGCCUCCACCGACCCCCCAGCGAAACUCCAGCAUAAAGUCCAACUCCUCUAUAGAGUACCAGGAGUCAAAAAAGGUGGAGGAUCUGGUGAGCAUGUUUGCUCAGCCUGGCCAGCCUACUUCCAGCUCCGUCUCCACUCCUUCCUCUACAACAGGCUCACCAUCCAAGGACUCUUCUACAGUCUUACGAGCAUCUACAAAACCUGGGAAGAUCAACCUGGCAAACCUGCCACUGGCUCUACAGGGGAAACCAAGCCAUGGCCAACCCAACUCUGACUUCCCCUCUCCUCCUUUCGAGUGUGACUUUCCACCACCUCCACCUGACUCGGAACUCCUGCCUCCUCCUCCACCCAUGGAGAUGCACACCGGAGCUCCCAAAGUUGCUGUGGUGAACCCUCAGCCGCAGCUUCCCUCCAACAUCACGACGUGGAAGCAAAGCUCCCUGAAGAAAACGGCUCCUCCGACUAUGCAUCGUCGAAGCAGCGGAACACCAGAGCCCUUGGCGCUUUCACCACCACCGCAACAGGUCCCUCUUACCCCUUUUAACUCUCAGAUACCCCCCACCUCCCCUAAGGCCAACCUCUCCAUGCAGCCCAAUUUCCUCGAGGACCUUAACAGAACUUUAAAGAGAAAGUCUAUGUCUAGACACGCCUCCCUGCCUUCGUCACGCAUCUCGGCCAAACUGGAGCCAGUGGUCACUAUGGACGACAUGGCACUCCCGCCGCCUCCCCCAGAGCUGCUGCUGGGCCAGCAGAACAAGGGAGGCUACACAGGUGCCAAUAUCUCAGGCUAUGCAACACUUCGACGGGGGCCACCACCGGCACCGCCUAAAAGGGACCAAAACACCAAACUGACCAGCGACUGGUAGAUAAGGAAUGCGCUGGAAGCUGUAUGCGGACUGUCUGCUUUUCUCCAGUACAAAUUUUACAGGCCAUAACAAGAAAAUGAAUGAAUGAAUGCAUAAAGAAUACUAUCCAUUAUUUUAGCCCAAGUUAUUACCAGAGUAUAAAAAAGCAAGCCAAAUCUCCUACAGUAAAAGCUUCUCUGCGUGUUUGUGCCGCUUUGCAGUUACAUGUAAGCAGUUAUACAUAAAGAAACUCUGCCAUUAUUAUUAUGACUAGGUACUGCAUGGACUCCUUCGUGAGCUAAGGGGAAUAAUAUGUGUAUAAUAAAAUAUGUAUUUGGAAUUUUGGGGUGGGGAGGGCACUUUUACCUUUUUUAUAUGAAAUUAUUUAAUACCUGAAAUAUAUUCUUAUUUUAAAGUUUUUAGUUUUUGAACCCUUGACUGUAUAAGUUAAACGUGAAUAGACAGCAGGAUUAAUGAAGAGAUGUGUAUUUGUGUGUGUUUUGUCUGAGUGGUUUGGUUGAUCCGCUCUCAGAAACGGCUCGGAGGUCUCACCCUUAUUAAACGUGCAAAAGGAAUUUACCCCAAAACACAAAACCAGUUUGUUGCAAUGUUUAAGCUAAGUUGAGUUGGACUUUUUCACAUCCCUAGAGGGUUAAAGACCGUAUGUUUUAAUAUUAUACAGCUUGAUAAAUAUUAUCAAAAAAAGGUGUUCUGUUGGUCAAGUUAGUACUGUUAUGUUUCACAUUCAGUUGAACCCAUUACACAUGUGAAGGGCUUUUUAGCCUCGCCGUGUCUGAAAUUGGAUGUGUUCUGUCUGUUGGUUACAAUGAUACCUGUACAUAAUGCGACUCUUCCUGACUUUAACAGCUUUUAUUGGUUUUGUGAUGAUCAAGUUUUUUGUACACAACUUCUCCACAGCAUCCUUCAGUACUCAUUAAAAAAACGUACAAGUCAGACCAGAUCAGAUCUUUUCAUUUCAUUUUCUUUGCAAAUUAAAAACAGCAUGUGUAGGUGCCCAGGUGGCGCAGCGGGAUAUUCCGCUGACGCACCAGCACCGAGUUUCUGAACUCCGGGUUCGAGGCUCGGUGUUGCCACCGGUCGGCUGGGCGCCAUCUGGCAGGCAUAAUUGGCAGUGCCUGCAGUAGGUACUAAUUGGCCACCGUCUCUGCAGGGUGGGGGCCGGUCUAUGUGUGGGUCUUCAUACGCUGUGUAAGGACCCUGAUUGGCAGAAGAGACGCCCGUGCAGGAAGCACGGAUGAGAAGAGGAGGGCUGUACACGUGUAAAGAAGGCGUGGGCAGCGGCGUGCUCUCCUUGGAUGCAAAUCUGGAGUCUGUCAGCAGCGGAAGAUGAAUUGGAUGCGUUAAAUUAGGAGGAAAAAUGCAUUAAAAAAAUUUUUUUUUAAAGAAUGAAGAAAACAGCAUGAGCUUAGUUUUACUGUAUUUAUGUGGAAAAGUUAAUGAUGAAGACUGAUUUCUGUAUUUUUAAAGCACUUUAUAUUGCUCUAAAUGGUUUUUAUCUGGUGGAUACACACACUGACAGAGCGAGGUCUGUGUCAGCCUACAGCAUUUAUUGUAGCUUCUGUGGCUCCACAUGAUCCUUACUUGUUUAGCUGAUUCAUUUCUAUAAGAAUGGUUUACCUGUGUAUUUAGGGGCUGCGCAGUGUUCCGAGUGUUCUGAGUGCACAUUACUAAUGACGGUUGUUAAAGUCAGGAGUGGUUUAGACAAGAUACCUGGGGAAGUAAGUGUCUGUUGCAUUUAAACUAAACAAUAUAAAUGUGUAACUUCUGCAGUAA